AGGACGUGGUUUACGCCAAGGAGAUCCCAUCAGCCCUCUUUUGUUCAACUUAGUAAUGGAGCCCUUGGUUAAAUCCAUUGUUUAUUCUCAACGAAUUCGUGGUUUUGCUUUUCCUUCGGUCGACGUUAUGGAGGGCUUUUCCUUACAGAACCGCCUUUCAGUCCCUUCGGAAAUCAAAGUCCUAGCAUAUGCAGAUGACCUUUUGAUUUUCCUUGCCGAUCAACAUGAUCUUCAGGAGGUUCAAUCCCUCAUUGGCAAUGUUGGCAAAACGAAGGCAGAGGAUGUGGUUAAAGGCUUUCUAGCCGCGCUUUUAUUCUCAG